AUGACCGUACCACAACCUCCUCCACUGGCAUGUGGAUUUGCUCCUGCCACACUUCCACGUCAAUCUACUCCUCUAACGGCUGCUCCACGAUUUGUCACUAAACCCAUGGUAGCGGUGGAUUCCCCUUCGAUUGUCUGUCUAUCACAGCCGCCACCUGUGACGCCGAUUCGCCCUGCACAAACGGUGCAGCAUUCCGUUUUGCAACAGAGUUCAACCGCUAAGCAUGUGGUACGUUCCGCAUUUGUGCAUUGUUCAAUUGUUUGCCCACUUUCUCUUGAAAUUUCAUAUAUCUUAAAUGGAAAAAGUUGUGGAUGGUAG